AUGUCCCAUAAAAUAGAUGGUGAUAACGACCCAUCGCCCUCUGGGAGUAAUCCAAAGAAACCAGAAAUAAAACCAUCUAACCCAUCGGGCUCUUCUAAAAAAAUGGCGUUUGUUCAUAAACUAUAUGCCAUGUUGUCAGACCCGGAGCUUAUCCAUUUAUUGUGGUGGAGCGAUGAUGAUGAAGGUAAUGAUGAUCUAAACAGCGAAAAUAAGGGCAAAUUCGCUAUCAAUCCAUCAAUAGACUUCGCCAACGCCCUCAAAGGAUACUUUAAGCAUGGUAAUGUUGCGAGUUUUGUUCGCCAGUUGCACAUGUAUGGCUUUCACAAAGUCAGUGAUAAAUCUGUCAAUGCCAAUAGAGAAAAAUAUACCAGGGAACACAAUUUAGAAGAGGAUGCUGAGAUAUGGGAAUUCCGUCACUCAUCGGGAAUGUUCAAGAAAGGUGACGAAGACUCAUUGUCCGCAAUCAAAAGGCGUCAACAAGCUACUUCUUCAAAAAAUAGUAAUCUGUCAACCUCUCGUACAACUGAGUUGCAUCCCCAAGCUCAUGGUUUUCAGGAUUUUCAAAUCAUGGGUCAACAUUUGCAGCAUCAACCGGCAUACGAUAACUACUAUCCGCCUGGUCAUAACUUCCAUACUCCCCCACAGCCUCUUCUGUAUGGGGUAGCCCCACCUGGUCUAAUAGCUCAAAGAUACCCUGUUUACUUUGUGGAUUCUCAGCAUGUGCAACGGCAGCAGAGUCAAUAUCCUGCACAAUAUCAACAUUAUCAAUCGCCGUACUUCGUUCAAACAACCUCACAUCAACGACAUUAUACACCUCCUCCCCUCAACCCUGUCCAUGCUCAUCAAUAUCCCUCUCAGCGACCGCCAGUAGUUUCGGAGCAGGCAAUACCAUACACCCGUCAACCACUGCAGCAAAUGACGCCUCAGAAGAUUCUGUUACAACUGGAACAACAGCUGGUAUCUCAACCAUAUCAUACUUCAAACACCUAUAUAAAAGAUGUGGUAAACAAUGCUUCAGAAAUGGGCCGCUCAAUUUCCAUGUCACAGCAAAGCCUCUCUAGAACUUCCGAUAAUUUGAAGAAGGAAGUUUUGAAUACAACGGGGGAUGUGAUCAAAUUUUCUGACUCUUUACCAAAAUUAGAACCAAUAAUAAAACAAAUUGAUGAGGAAAACUAUCAGAGAAUUCAAGAUUUGAAAUACAGUUUUAAGACAAGAGCUGAUGCUAUACAAACCCUGCAAAGUCGGCCCUACCACCAUCAAACAAAGAGUAUUAACAUUAAUGUUCCUCAACCACCAAUCCAUCACAAUUCCCAACCACAAUUGCCUUUUUCUACUCCAUCAUAUUUUUCAGCUUCAGAUAAGCCUGAAAUAAAUAGCGCACACGCUUCACCAUCGAUUGAGUCUAGGCCUAGAAUCGCGUCGUUUGUGGAUCCAUUGGCCAAGUUACCCCAUGAUCAUUCAGUAGCUCCUCAAAAUAGCCAACUCAGUUAUAAUCCGCUAAUUGAUAAAAAUCCAAGGAAUUUGGCGAAUCCUCCUAAAUUAGAAAGUAGCACCAGUGGCAAUUCAAUCUCUAGCACUAGUCUUAAAAAGUUAGAUUCCAUAGGCGCUCAUCGACUUUCUAGAGAAGGUAGUUUUUCGAGCCUCAGGUACCAUCAACCUCCUAGAUCUUUGCCUGAAUCGUACCAGUUGAGAAGGAGUGAAACUUCAAAUUACUCUGAAGUCACCCCUCAACAAAUGCAAUUACAUUCUUCGGCAGUAAAAGGAUCGCUACCGUCCUCUAGUUCCAUAUCUAAUCCCUCCGCAGACUCCUUAAAAAAGCAAAAUUCUUUGAAUCAUUUGGAAGAUGGCAUUACUAAUUCUUCGCAAAUCAGAAAAUCGAUCCUUGCACUACAUCAGAGUGGAGAGCAAAAUUCGCCAUCGUUAUCUAACAAUAAUUCCAUUCUGUCAAAUGCGGGAUUAUCUAAUGUUGACAAUUUAAAGAAUUCAUCUCUAUCUUCAUACUCCUCUGGUCCGUCUUUGUUUUCGCCAUGGUCUUCAAUUAGUUCUGUUGGAAGCAUUAGAACCGGCGGCAGCAUCUCUUCCAUAUCACAUUUAUUGAAUGACCGUCGCGAAAGCUACACUCCUCAAGGUACCAAUUUUGACGCGUCAGGAACAAAACAUUAUUUGUUAGCCCAGCAACAGAAAUUACCAAUGAAGUCCGCAUCAAUUUCAGGACUAAGGAGACCUCAUGAAUUAGAUGUCACAAUUACAUCUAGCCAAGGUACGGUUGGUGAAGAGCCUUCAUUGAUACAGGACACUCUGAGUAGAGAAUCAGAAAAGAAAACUGUUAUCGAGGAUGAAGAUUCGCCCCAUCAGCUUGCCACAAUCCUGGGAAAUAAUGUGAUUUCUGUAUCUUCAUUGCUUCAUUCUCCUGGAACUAAAAUUGAAGAGCCAAAAGUUGUGGAUGCAUGUGAGGUGGGAAUCUCUGCCGAAGUAAAAGAAAAGACGAAUGACACAGUAAUUAGAAAGCGUGUCCAUUCAGGCUCUUCUGAUACAAACUCAUCGGAAGAUGAGUCAAAGAUAAUGAGGGAUAGGGUCAAUGCCUGUGGCAAGGAGCUGAUUGAUGCAACUGGGGCCGUCGAGCCAACGGCUACGGAGUCAAAGAUAAUAGAGGACAAAAAAAGGUGCAAAUUUGAUAGUUAA